AUGUCUGAUACUCCUCGUGGUGCAUGUAAUAUGGUGCAAAUUGGAUGUGGUGAAACUGUUGCAAUAUUUGAGAAUAGAAUGAGCCAGGGACCAAUAUCUUGUCCAGGAUUGCAACCAAGAGAUCGGAUUUCUUUUUUACUUGAAGAAACAGUACGUCAGUCAAAAGGAUUUGAUUCUACCGAUAAAUUACAUAUAAAUUUCAAAAACUGGAGUUGCAACUUAGAAAAGAUGGCUAUCACUGCGACAAAGCGAUGCUUAAUUCGAACAUAUACUAUAAAUAAAGGACUUCGACAGAGUGUGUACGCACGAUUGUCCUACUAUGGACCAGGUUCUUCAGCAUCUUUAAUCUCAUUAUCUGCUCGGAUUGAGGAUUGGAUUGCAACAACCGAAUUUGCUUGUGCAAAAAAGAAAUGCCGUCACAAGUCGCACAAAACCGAUUUGACUUUUUGCUUUUAUAAAUUGAAGCAAAAAUCAAAGGAAAAAGAGACACCGCAAAAUGUUACAAAAAUAUCUGUUUUCGACAAAAUUUUCUCGGAUCAGACCCCACAUUUUAAUUCAUUCGACACUACACUACCUGUGAAAUCCUAUUCGACAUUAUCUGUGAAAUCCUCCAAACCUCUUCAAGUAUUGAUGACCAAAGCUCGCGGAAUAACGCAGAUGGAGACAGUAGUCUCAGCAUAUCAGCCAAUAAUGACAGAGGAAGACUCAACGUAUAAGCCAACAACAAUGGAGGCAGUCUCAGAGUUAUCGCAUGAGACAACAAUACUCGCGACCGAUAUCAUGCAAUUAUCAACUGGAUGCGCAAAAUCAAACAUUACUACUAAAGUCCAAAAAAGGGUUUUGGCGCGACAUAAAACAUAUAGUGCAACGCUCGCAUAUGUCAUUGCAAAAAUGCGUGGAAAUUUGCCUGAGAAAACAAGAGAAUUAAAAUGGAACUGUUCUUUGGCGAAUUCCGCACAGCUUUGGGCAAACGAGUGUGUUUGGUCACAUUCUGAAUCUGCUUUUGAGAACAAAAUUGGCGAAAGCUUAAUGAAUUUCUGGAUUAACGAUACAUCAUUGCCAGAUUCAAUAUUAAUGGAUGCAACUGAUGCGUGGUGGAGUAAUGUAGUUCAUAAGGAUUAUGCUGGUGAAUCAAGUAAAAACUUCGUGCAAAAUUUUGAUUUCUUCAUCCAAAUGACAAAUUUGAUAGCAACCGAUAUGGGUUGUGGAAUGGCACUUUGUCCAGUAGGAGGCUAUCAUGAAAAAAUUCAGCUAGUUGUCUGCCAAUAUUACCCACUGGAUAGCAGUUUGGCUGAGAAAAUCCGAAAAUUUUUGACUGAAAAUCGAGUGCGAUUCCUUGAAUUGGCUCGAGAAUAUUCAUAA